AUGGCAUCCUCUUUUGAUUCAUUCAACCCUGAAGGAGAUCUAAAUGACCCCACAAUGCAGCAUGUCCAACAUGAUCAUGUACCACCUACCUCCCUCCCUUUUGAUGAUGAUGGCUACAUAGGUGAUGACACAUCAUCAUUCCCUGGAGAAACACCACUGCCACAAGAAAGUUUCUCCAAUGACAACAACAUGCAUUCUUCUGAGGGGUAUGGGUUUGGCAUGCCUUCUCCAAGUACUGAAUUUGCCUCACCUUUUGAGUCUGAGGUGCUUGAGACUAAUGGUGGUGGGGGUGGAGGUGAUGGUGUUUUUGCUUCUGAUGGGCCAAUUCUGCCUGAACCAGAUGAAAUGCAGGAGUUAGGAGUCAAGUUCCGUGAGUGGCGCAGUAGUUCACUUGACUCCUCGAAAUUAGAUGUUCUUACUGCCGCUGCUGCUGAAGGUGAGGAAGCUGCUGCUGCCGCUGAUGGUGAGCAAGCUGCUGAAACUGAACCAGCCACUGCCUAG